GUUAAGGUAAGAUAAAGUAAAAUAAAGUAAACAACCUUCUUUAUCCGUAGUCUGGAUCAUUCCUUACGGCGGGUGCGACAUGCGCGGCCUGCUCUCGAGUGUCCGCAAGAAGGAUUACGUCCGCUACACCAUACGCGUCCUGGAAGCUUCGAGAAGGGACAUGGAGAAGCAGACGCAGAUCCUGGGUCAUCCCGUCACGCAGCAGUGUUGCAUCUUCGACCUGGAGAAUUUCUCGCUGCGCCACGUGACCUGGAAACCGGCAAUGGACGUCAUCCUACAGCUGGUGCAACUUUACGAGGCGAACUACCCAGAGCUCCUCAAGUGUGCCUACGUCAUCAAUGCCCCAAAGGUCUUCACACUUGCAUAUGCAGUGAUCAAGCCCUUCCUUCACGAGGUCACUCUUAAGAAAAUACGCAUCUUCGGCUACAGUGGCUGGAAAGAGGAGCUCCUGAAGGACAUUGAUGCUGACCAGCUUCCUCAACACUGGGGCGGAAGUCGAGUCGAUCCUGAUGGAGACCCAAAGUGCCCUUCUGUGAUCUGUCUUGGUGGUGAAGUGCCCACAAAAUACUAUCUAAGUCUCAGCAAGAGCAAUCUCUCUAAGCUGGAUGAUGAUGAGAACCUGUGCAGCAUCACGUUAAGCAAAGGGGGCAAAAAGCGACUGAAGUAUGAAGUUAAGAAGCCUGGAUCACGGCUGAAGUGGGAGUUUAGAACUGAAGACUUCGACAUAGGCUUCGGUGUGUCUCGCAAGAUUAAGAAAGGUGAAGAGGAGGUAAUUGUGCCAUUACAAAGAGUCAACUCACAGCUUGUGACAGAGGAAGGCUUUCUUGUGUGUAUGGAGCCUGGAACUUAUGUCGUGACAUUUGACAAUGAGUUCAGCUAUGUUAGAUCAAAGAAAGUGCUUUACAGAAUCAAUGUGGAAGCUUCAUCCUGAGGUGUCAGCUAGCUUCCUCAAAGACGAGUUGGUCUUCUUUAUUGUAAACUUUUUCGGGAAGUCGGUGUAUCUAAUGCAUUUACUUUUUUAUUCCUCCCCCCAAAGAAAACAAUAGAAUCCUUAUUUGAUAAGGGAAAUAUUGCACAGAGGAUAUAGCGUGUCAUUCACACAAUAUGUUAAUGGUAAGAUAAUGCAGAAUAUUUUUUUUUUUUUUUUACCAAAACUGUUCCAGUUUUGUAUCCCAGAUGAUAUUUUAUUGAUAAUUGGAACCUUUCAAAGGUGUUUGAUCAUGUAUAUGGAAAAAAUAAUGGGAUACCUUCCUAUAUGUUCUUGUGGGCAAAUAGAGUAGACUUUUUUAUGUCAUUUAUAGUGUGGAAAUAUGAUAACAUUGAUUAGAUAAGAAAUAAGAAAUAAGCAUAGACAUUGUCAAGUGUGCAGCCAAAGGCAUGUUCAUAGAAACUUGAACACUUACUUUUUUGAUAAAUGCAUAAAAAAUAAAGAAAUUGCCACAUUUGUAACAAUGAGAACCCAAUUACUGGUUCUCAGGCUUGUAUUUUUUUUUUCUUUUUUCUUUUUUUUUUUUGAUAAACUUUCCUUAAAACCUGUUAAUUCUCGCUUAGAUCAAAGGAUCAUUAAUACCUCUUCCAAUGCCUGUAAUGUGUAUUUUUAUAUUAACUUAUCCAUUUAUCUGUAUCUCUGUCUAUCUGUUCAUCUGUUGCACACAUACACUCACCUAUACUCACUCAUGCAAGACAGAUAGACACACACACACACAC